GAAGCAAAUAAAAAAGUGGUUUCUUAUUUAUAAGGAAAUGUUUGAGUGAAUUGCAACAAAAAGUUGAAAAAAUAAAAAUGUCUCGAAAAUGUAUGUAUGAUUCCAUCAAUGCAUCAAAGUAAUGCAAUGUGAAACCUUGACAACUUGAAAAUCCAGUGCUACUUCCAAUUCCUUUGCACAAGGGAAAGAAUAUAAAAAAAAAACAAAAAUAAUGGAUUAACCAUCAGUGAGCGGAUCACAUCAUCAUUGUCUGCGUUGUAUAAUCGGUGGAUCUCCAAUCAUUGAUAUCCAUCAUAAAAGUGCAUAAAAACGGAUUAUUGUGUUUCUUGUUCCUGCAGUUUGGUACUCAAUGGCAUUUUUGGGAAUUGCAACAUUGCCACUACAACCAUCAUUAUUAUCAUCAUGAACGACAGCAAAAUGCUAUUCUGUCUGCAUGCGUGUGCGGUGCAAUAAAGUUGAAAGGGUUGAAAGUAUACAUGUAAUGCCGAUAUUUUUUAAACAGUCCAUGUAACAGAUUAUGUCAAAGACAUGCUAAACACCAAAUUUAAUUAUGGACUUGGAACUGCUCAACCGCGACAAGCGGCAGCCAUACACACUUAGAAGAAACAAAAAUUACAACAUUUUUCCCAGCAGAACAAAACACACUCACAGAAGUGAUCGCUUCGAAGAAGAGGAUACAGCUUAAAUAAUUGCCACACAGGGUUUUCGUUUUCAAGUACAUGAACACUGAGUAUCAUUACAAGUUUUUUGUUGCGGUUUUUUGUUUUUGUAUUGUAUUUCGGGCUGCUGUAGUGGCAAUUUGAAGAAAUCCUUGCAAAAAGGGAAAAUUAUAAUCAUACAGUAGAACGUUAACAAAAAAGACAACAACAACAAUUGCAGCGACAUGGAUAGCAUGUCAUCAUCAAUUGAGCCUGUAGUACCACGUACCGCCAAUUUGCUGGCCUGCAAACAAUGGUGGCGUGUUUGCUUCUUGUACGGUGAUCAGCAGAAAUAUUAUCGACAGGUUUACAGCAAAGCAGCGGCACAACGACUGGCCAUAUCGGCCGCCAAGUCGGCAUCUUUGGGCCCAAUCGAUGACCAAAAUAAUGAAAAUGACAGCCACUGCUACAAACUGGAGACAGAGUAUGAUACGGUGGCCAUAGAUUUUAUCGAAACGCAAUUAGACGACGAAGAUGCUGAAGAUGUAUCCUGCGAUAACAUUACAACAAUGCCGAUAACAAACCAUAAGAGCUCUAGCCCAGCAGCAUCAAUAUCCGCGAUAUCAACCAAAGAACACCAUCGAACGCCAGCAGCUUUAUUUCCCUCAAAAUGUGAAACCCAUGCUGAAGGCCAUUCCAAUGGGAACAGUGGUGGCACCAACACCCUAAGAAAAAGCAAGCGACUUUUGCGCUCCUUAAGAGGACAUCGAAAGGGCGGUGGCGAUACAAAUGACGAUACAAGUUUGAACAACAGCACUACAACUGCCACCAGUCCUCGGAAGACCUCCUCCUCAUCCAACCAGCAGCACAUGGGGGACACAUUGGAUACCUUAAAAAAUUUAAACCUUAAUCACCGGACUCGCCAGCAGCAGUCAACAGCACCGACAUCGGACCAAAGUAGCAACAAUAGCCAUAUCGUUAUUGAACCCACCAAACAAAAUGCCAAACACACCCUCCUCGAUGACCCUUUCCUCUUGGGCAUCAUCGAUGACGAUUCAUUAGGCGAUUUAAUACGAUGCAAGAAAAAUCUCUAUGUUCCACCAUCGGCCAAUGAAAAUGUAUCGAAAUAUUUCAACCUUUUCCCUGAAAGCGAACAGGAGCGAUUGCUUUUCCCCGAGCAGGGGUCAAUGUCACUUGAAAUGGCCGUUGAUGAAGAAAAACCUGCCUUACCACCAAAACGUUCAAAUCGCCACUCCCCAUCGACGACAACAAGUAAUGAUUUAAAACUGAAUGAAAGUGAUUUGGAGUUCUUAAAUUUGAACUUGAGAAAUCGAAGUCUUCCCCGUCGACUUCGACCCUCAAAUGAUCCGCAUGACAUAAGCUUUACAUUUAAAGAGGAGGAUGAGAACAGCAUAAAACAACCGAAGGACGAUGCAAACGAUAAAGAGCCAAUCAGUCGAACGCCGCUGACACAGGUGUCGUAUUUGCAAAAAAUACCAACAUUACCGCGUCACUUUUCGCCAAGUUCGGCAUUGAAUGCUGGCGGCUCAACGUCGGCAAGUUCAAAUACACCGCCACCUCCUUUGCCACCACUGGGAAGUUUGCGGCAUCUAGGGCACAGCAAUGUGGCAACAACGUCAUCGCAAUCAGCGGCGGGAGGAGCAGCUUCCAAAGCUGCGUCAGGGCCAAUGCCCAGUAGUUCAUCUGCUGGUGCUUUGUAUAAUCCUACCGGCUUGCCAACAUCUCCGCUGCCCAUGCAACGUCAAUUCCUACAACAGCAGCAGCUACAACAGCCACCUCAUUUGCCACCACACCAGCUACAUCCUCAUCAUCACCACCAUCAGUAUCUGCCGCCCCAUCUACAGCCACACCAUCAACAAAUUCAGCAGCCAUCAACAUCAUCGCCCCAUAACCAGCAGCAAUCGCAAUACUCACCUGCGGCAUCAGCAUCCUCAUCAAUCUCCAAGUAUUCUUCAUCAUCGCUGAAGCAUCCUCCUCAACACCAACACCAACAGCAACAACCACAGCAUCCUCACCACCAACAGAACCAUCAGCUAUCCCCGGCCAUAUCAUCGCCAUCGCCGCCCUCCUUAUUGCAUCAUCCAUCGGGUGCUGUUCAUGCUCCCUUUAUGGUUGGCCAACAUUUGGAUAUUCAACGGCAAUCCCAUUCAGACGAUGAUAGUGGAUGUGCUCUAGAGGAAUACACCUGGGUACCACCGGGACUAAGACCAGAUCAGGUGCGUUUGUACUUCUCGCAGAUUUCUGAUGAUAAAGUGCCAUAUGUCAACAGUCCUGGAGAACAAUAUCGAGUGCGCCAGUUGCUCCAUCAACUUCCGCCGCACGAUAACGAAGUUCGUUACUGUCACUCGCUGACGGAUGAGGAACGAAAAGAACUUCGCCUGUUCUCAACACAACGUAAACGUGAUGCACUUGGACGUGGUAAUGUCAGGCCGCUGAUGAGUGCACGUCCCUGUGACGGGUGCGAUGAUUUAAUUUCUACCGGUGACAUUGCUGUCUUCGCCUCUCGCCUGGGUCCAAAUGCGUCCUGGCAUCCGGGUUGCUUCAUUUGUUGUGUGUGCCGUGAAUUACUCGUCGAUCUUAUCUACUUUCAUCGGGAUGGACGUCUCUACUGCGGACGACAUCAUGCAGAAACUUUGAAACCUCGCUGCUCUGCCUGUGAUGAGAUUAUCCUGGCUGAUGAGUGCACCGAAGCAGAAGGACGUGCCUGGCAUAUGAAUCAUUUCGCCUGCCAGGAGUGCGACAAACAAUUGGGCGGACAAAGGUACAUUAUGCGUGAGGGCAAACCGUAUUGUCUGCUGUGCUUCGAUGCCAUGUUUGCCGAGUACUGUGAUUUUUGCGGUGAAGCCAUUGGUGUAGAUCAAGGACAAAUGAGUCAUGACGGCCAACAUUGGCAUGCAACCGACGAAUGCUUCUCGUGCAACACAUGCCGUUGUACACUGCUGGGACGUGCAUUUUUGCCCCGAAGAGGUUCCAUCUACUGUUCGAUAGCCUGCAGCAAAGGUGAGCCUCCCACACCAUCGGACAGCUCGGGCACUGGUAUGUACACCACACCCACCCCACCCACACAGAGAGUAAGACCUCAGACGCGUAUACCGUCAAGUCAUGCCUCAAGUUCGCCGCCAAUGUCACCAUUGCAACAGCAGCAGCAUCAGCAAAACUUCAACAAUGCCAUGUACCAGCUGCAGAGCCAGCAAAUAGCGGCGGGCAUUUCCAACAGCAGCAGUGUGAAUAUUGUAGGAGGUGGAGGGGGGUCUAAUGUAGGGUUGGUGGCAAUCUCGACCUCUUCGGAUGGUGCUAAACAAAGUUAUCCAACAUCCGAUUCCGAUGCAGGAGUGGUGAAAGACAUGGAGCACACCGCAGGCGAUUUUACCGACUUUUCGGGGGGCAUCAAUUCGUCGUCAUCACAGAACAUGUCACCGCUGACGUCACCUGGAGAGUUCACCCAUAUGAUGCCGAAACCAAUGGAGCUCAAACGCGAUGGGCCAUAUAAUUUUAACGAAAUGACACUGAACCUGGAUUCGACUUGGCCCACCAAACCCAUACUGACGGGGGCCAAUAGCUAUAAUCUCCAAAGGCAAUUGCAUCAGAUAUCUGAAAUUGAGAAUACCAAGACUUCUAGUAUGCCCGAGUUAUCGAUACAAACGAAUCCACCAUUACCUCAGCCAUCCAUGGGCACAAUGAGUCAGCAAUAUGGAGGCUCAAUGCAUGGACCCGAAUAUUCUCAGCCUCUGCAGCCAAUGCAACAUAGCCAGCCGCACGGCAUGAGCUCUGCUCCACCUUCGGAAGUGCCCGAUUUGCCGACACCAAACCUAUCGGUGGCCUCCACAGCUCUGCCACCCGAACUUAUGGGCUCUCCAACUGCUUCAGCGGGUGAACGUUCCAUUGUCUCCCAUCAGUCCGGGCAAUCAGGAACAAACCCUCCCAUACACCCCGUAUCCAUACUAAGUGGAGCUUCCUCCUCUUCACCCAUGAGUGGAGGUGGUGGUGGGGAGAGUAAAAAGGCGAAGGGUGUACGUUUCGAGGGUAUUCCCGCAUCCACGGACACCUUACCCAGAUCUCGCAGCUAUUCGGGCAAUGGUGCGGGUACAAACCGUACGAAUGACAGCGGCAGCAAUGCCACCGAGACACAUCGCCAUGGUGGCAGCCACGGAGGCCACUCUUCACGCAGGCGCCGUAGGAGAAAAUCUCAUCGCUCCGGCAGCGGACAUCGUUCCAACUCAACAACUCGUGCCGACACAUACACCACCGCCCAACCAUUGUCGUCAUCGUACCAAGGACCACCAUCUUUGUUGCAGACAGCAACUUUAGAUCCCACUCGACAUCAUCAUUCAUCGCAAAUAGCCAUGUCUGCUGCUCAACGCGAUGAUGAAUCGGACGAUGCGUCCAGCGUUUGUUCGACCUGCUCGUCCAGUUCUUCCAGUUCGGAAGAUUAUAUGAUGUACCAACUUCCACAGCGACGUCAUUAUGGCGGUGUGCGCGUCAGCUAUGUGCCAAAUGACGCCUUGGCAUACGAUCGCAAGCGCAAGCCAUCCGAUGCCAAUGAUAAGGACAAAAACUGCCUCAUUUCGUGAUUUACAAGCACAUACGUGCGCAUGGGCGAGCACUUAAAACUGGUCUGCUCAAUCGCAGCAGCAGCCUCGAAUUUCGUCUAUGGCAGCCACAACAACAUCAUUAUUGCCACUGCCAUUGUUCAUGUUGCGGCUGCCACCAUAAUUUAUGCUGUUAGACGCAGCAACAUAUUAAUUAAGGUCCUCUGGUUUUGGCGUCAAUUCGUUUCUUUUUUUAGCUUAUCUUUAAAUGCGUUGUUGUUGCUUUCUUCGCUCUGUGCUUUUUCAAAUUAUUUAUAACAGAAAUUAUCAGACAAGCAGACUGGUGAUUUGGCCAACUUGGCCAUCAUUAAGUGGUCACUGUGCGUGCAAAGCUAUAAACUAAUAUGUAUUGGCAUAUUUUAAUCAUUGCCUAAGGCCAAAUUUGGUUUUUACUAAGUUUGGCCUACUCUAGUGAUUACAAGAGACUAUUUCGUUUGUCCAUACGACUUUAAUGGAAUUUUUGUACACAAAGAAAUUUAUGAGUAAAAUCUUUUUUUAACUCUCUGCAAUUUUGUUUUUGUUAUGAGCUACGUUCGUGGUCAUUUUCAAAAUCUGAUAUCAUAUUCAUUAAAAUACCAGUCAUUUCAUGAAAAUAUCUACUCAAACUUAUAUACCAUUGAAUUCUCUUC